ACACUAUUUAUUAUGUAUAAGAAUAUUUAUCUAUUCAUAAACUUGCAAUGAAAACUUUGAUGUUACAUUUGUUUGUCUGAUUUGUCGACUAUUCUUGCAUUCUAUCGUCGUAUUCUCUUGACAAUAAUAUCGCUUUUUUACAUUGCAACUUGAGACAAAUAAGGAGUGGAGCUACACAUAGAUAUCGAGAUUAUGAAAAACUAGCGACCCGCCCCGGCUUCGCCCGGGUUACACAAAAACUUAGCAAAUUACACACCUAAACCUUCCUCGAGAACCACUCUAUUGAUCGGUAUAAAUCGGUGAAAAAGUUUUUAAGUUUAUUGCGAACAUACACACAGACAGACGCGGUGUUAUAAGGUGUUAGUGAAGGAAAUGUGCCUAAUUUCUAGUUGUGCAUGCGAUUUCACUGAAAAGAUCGCUCGCAACUAGUACAAUCUCACAACUGUACUAGUUCGGUCUUUUAGUUCAUUUAGUACAGUAGUACACCGAGGGAAACUGAGCAUAAUAAGCGGCUAUCUGCUAUCUCGCUCAUACUAGCCGGCCGGGCGGGAGUCGUUAGGCCGUCUUGUUCGCACGCGCUCGGCGAGCGGCGAGCCGGCGAGUCGACGUUUAGUUCGGACGGAUCACUCGGAUUGCUUUGCUGUCAUUGUCACUCCUCGGUCCUCGCUCCCAUUCUGUUUCGUUCGUGUGUAGUGUACUAAAACGUACUAAGAGGAGGGAAUCGUGUCUUUUUGAUACAAGCCUACUAAUUUCAAUACUGCUCUUGACAAUGCUAUGAAUAAAUGUAUAAUUCUGUUGUGGUGAAGUAAAGGAUACCUAGGUACGGACAUUGUUAAAAUGGAGACGGUUUGGGUUAAGCCGGAGCCUUUGUGGGAGGAGUACGAGCCCGCGCCAGAGUCAGGGCAUGCCUCGGAAGAAACACAACCUCUGACAGAAGUUCAGGGCACAAAGGAAAUGGCGGUGGUUAAAAUAAAACAAGAACCUCCGGAGGAGUAUGCUGAGUAUGACACGAGGGCGCAGUCUCCAGCAGAAGGCACGAAGGAUCCAGUGGUAGUAAAGCAGGAACCUCUAGGUGAUAAUGUGAAAAUUGAAGUGGAGAUAGAGAUUGAGAGAGAGACAGAAGGUGUUAAAGAGGAAACGGAUUACGCAGGUGCGAGCGAAAGCGUGCGAGCCCCGCAGGCAGAUUUCGAAACGUCACAACCAAAAAGAAAAGGGCCCUCUCGGCGCGCAGCCCCCUCCGCUGCAGAACUUACCGAAAGGAUGGUCUCUUGCGACAUAUGCUCAAAAACAUUCAAGCAAGCAAGCAAGUUAAAAGACCACUUAAGAAUACACACCGGUGAAAAACCUUACAAUUGCGCAAUUUGCGAAAAACGGUUCAGACAAUUAAGCCAUUUGAGACGACAUUCUCGUAUACACACUGGGGAAAAGCCCCACGCGUGCGACGUGUGCAAACAAGAGUUUACCGAGUUGGCUAAUUUGAGGACGCAUCAACGAAUCCACACUGGUGAAAAACCUUACGCAUGCAAAAUGUGUACCAAAGAAUUUGCUGGAUUAAGCUGUUUAAAGCGUCAUGAAAGAACACACACUGGUGAAAGGCCGUAUUCUUGCAAGAUUUGCGGUAAAGAGUUCACACAAUCGAGUACGUUAAAGUUACAUGUAAGGACACACACUGGAGAAAAGCCUUACCAAUGCGGAACGUGCCAAAAAUAUUUCAGCGGAAUGGACAAUUUGAGAAAACAUGAGCGUAUUCAUUUGGGUUUGAAGCGAUUUUCAUGCGAUUUAUGUAAAAAAACCUUUACCGGUUUGAGUACUUUAAAGAGGCAUAUAAGAGUGCACACUGGGGAAAAGCCGUAUGUGUGUGAUGUGUGUAAAAAAGCGUUUUCAGGAUUAGAUAGUCUUAUAAGGCACACUCGUAUACACACAGGGGAACAGCCAUACUCAUGCGAGACGUGCCAAAGAAGGUUCAGGCAAUUAAGUAAUUUAAAUAAACAUAUAAAAACGCAUGUAGAGCAAAAGUUUUAUCAUUGUGGGAUGUGUACAAAGAAGUUUAGAGAAUUGUGCACUUUGGAGAAACAUGAAAGGAGGCAUCACAGUGGGGAGCCUAGCACAGUUUCGGUCGCUGGAGUGGAUAUUGAAUAUGCUACGUGACUUAGUGUGUCAGUGUCUUGAACACAACCUGUGUAUUGUUCUAGAAUAAAUUGAAAUUGUCGUCGGACCGAGAAAGGCAACUGACAAUAUAGCAAGCAAAUGUUGUCACCCGUGUGUACAGCAGCUAACAGUUUGUGUUCAGUUUAGUAAUGAUUAAGGGUCUGUUGCACCAAACUGUUUGUCAUCGUUGAAGAGUUCGCUAAAUUUUAUUCUAUGGAAAGUUUCAUAGUAAACUGCCGCGGCGCGCCGGGUGACGUUGAUCAGUCUGUCAAGUCCGGAUGGUGCAACUAGCAUUUAAUCUUUGACCUUAGCGGAAACUCGACAUGUGCAUUCUGUCUGUCCUAACCCAUGGUGCACAAUGCACAAACGUCUCUUAACGAGGCGCAAAAGACCAAAUUGAAGGUUUGCCAAAGGGCUAUGGAGCUAGGAGUAAAAAAGAUUCACCGAAUCCGCAACUUUAGCGGUCAAAAACGCGCAUUACUGAUGGAGCUAAGAACCGCCAAGCUGAAUGGGACUGGGCUCGUCAUGUCUGCCGCAUGCACCCACAGAGGUGGGCGAAAAUAGCCAUGGUGUGGGUGCCACAAUGUUGGGCGAGGAUCUGGAAGGCCCAGGCGGAGAUGGCGGGAUAACCUGGACGCAUAUAGUUUGCUCAAAACCGAGAUCGAAGGGGAAGGCUUUUGACCAGCAGUGGGACACCAUAGGAUAU